CACUGUUCCCAUUAAGCUGGAAAACUGAGGAAAGUUUUGCAGUGUAGUCACAAAGGAGACCCAUGAAUCCAUUUCAGGCUGGUCUUCUGUGUGCUGUGAGGAGCUGCCCCAUUCAAUCUAUAAACAGAUCUCUCUGAAAAACGCUUCAAACUUUAGUACUGAAGAGAAUUUCCCAUCUAGGGAAGUGUUACCCAAGGCCUGCUGAAAGCAGGAAGACAUUCGAUACAGGACGUGGCCAAGCUGUGCCCUAUUCCACCUACGAAGUCUCCUGGAGAAAAUGUUGCCAGGAGCUAUCUUGGGUCUUUUCUUGGCUAUCCCGAGUCUCCCAAGAACCACUGGUAUGCUGUCCUGCAUUUGUGAGGAGCAUCAGUGUGCUAACAAAACUUGCUCAGGAAAGGCAUGUUUUGCAAGCAAACAUCUGGAGCAAGGGACCAUCAUCACCAGGAAAGGCUGCAUAGACCCCAAUUCUCUGAAUUGUAGAGGCGACAUCACAGAGAACUUUGGCACAAAAUGCUGCUCGUCUGAACUGUGUAAUAUGAAUCUUGAUUUACAGCUAGCAGAGGAAGGACAGCCAGAAGAGACCCAAUCCCAUCAGAAACUUCUUCUGCUGAUCCUGGUUCCACUGUUUGGCACUUUGAUCCUUGCUUUAUUGGUUGGGCUCUUUGUAUGGAAAGUGGUCCAGAGCCGCCGAAGACAAAUGCUUCUAAAGUCAGAUGAAUGGAGGGACAUGGAGGACUCCAUAUUAAAGGCAUCUGUGACUGGCGACAGUACCUUGGAAGGCUGGAUGAAUGAUGACUGCACCACUGGUAGUGGCUCUGGACUUCCCUUCCUUGUGCAAAGAACUGUUGCUCGGCAGAUUACCUUGGUUGAGUGUGUAGGCAAAGGGCGCUAUGGGGAGGUGUGGCGUGGUUCUUGGCAUGGAGAGAAUGUGGCUGUCAAGAUCUUCUCUUCCCGGGAUGAACAGUCAUGGUUCCGUGAGACAGAGAUCUACAACACAGUGCUGCUGAGGCAUGACAACAUCCUAGGGUUCAUUGCCUCUGACAUGACUUCAAGGAACUCGAGCACACAGCUGUGGCUGAUCACCCAUUACCACGAGCACGGCUCCCUCUAUGACUACCUGCAGUGCACGACACUGGAUGUGGAGACCUGUCUGCGCCUGGCCUCCUCCAUCAUCUGUGGGCUUGUUCAUCUGCACGUGGAGAUCUUUGGCACACAGGGCAAGCCGGCCAUCGCUCACCGUGACCUGAAGAGCCGAAACAUCCUGGUCAAGAAAAACAGACAAUGCUGCAUUGCUGAUCUGGGUCUGGCAGUCAUGCAUUCCCAGAGCAAUGACUACUUGGACAUUGGGAACAAUCCACGGGUAGGCACCAAAAGAUACAUGGCACCUGAAGUUGUAGAUGAACAGAUCCGUAUGGACUGUUUUGAAUCCUUCAAGCAGACAGACAUCUGGGCGUAUGGCUUGGUCCUCUGGGAGAUAGCCCGCAGAACAGUUGUUAACGGGAUUGUCGAAGAUUACAGACCUCCUUUCUUUGACUUGGUGCCAAUUGACCCCAGCUUUGAAGAAAUGAAGAAAGUGAUUUGUGUCGACCAGCAGACACCCACCAUCCCCAAUCGAUUGUACUCUGACCCAACUUUGUCUGCCCUGGCUAAGAUCAUGAAGGAAUGCUGGUACCAGAGCCCCUCAGCCAGACUUACAGCUUUGAGGAUUAAAAAGACACUGAAAAAGCUCAGCGACUCCUUCGACAAACCCAAACAACACUUCUAACUGCAGGCACUGGCUCUGAGACCAGGGAUCAGAUUUCUGACUUGUUGUCUCAGCAAAAAGUUCAAGGUCACCCUUUCUCCUUUCAGUGCAGGUCCUGCCCUUUGUCACUGGCUACAGCAAACCAUGUUUGAAAUCUAGCCAAGAAGACCUAGGCUAGGGCCCCCAUGUCAGGGAGUGAUCCUUUGCAGGAAAAAAAUUACAGAACAGAUGACAGCCAUGUAUUUUGCUUCAGGCAUCUUUAAUUUGUUUUCUUUAACAACAAAAAGGGAGGGGGAAUACCACCCACCUCUCCCAGCACAUACAUUAAUAUAAAUACCCUCCGGGUCUGUAACCUGACGCCAACCCGUCUCGCCACCAACGCCUGCAAAAUGGGAGGGAUCGUACUUGGAAAAAGCACAGCCGCUCUGCCCAAAGGGGUGCUUCCUUGGAAACACCAAUUAAGGUCCAUUCAUAAGCCAGCACUUAAACUGAGCCUGUAGGAUUUGUGUGCAUCUCUGUACAUCUACAGUGUGUGUGUGCACACUCACACGCAUGCAUGCAUAAAGGAGAAAGCAAGAGAACAGAUGUUAAGGCAAGUGCUUGCAAAAGGCAGAUAUGAUUUAUAUGCACACAUAUUCAUGUGCCAGAGAUAUUUGGGUUUGGUAUGCAUAUGCUACAGCAGUGUCCAAUGGAGUGAAAAUAUGGUCGGGUGUAUGGAAGGACAGAAGUAGGCUUGUACAGGAAAUGUAUGUACAAGUGAGUCAUUUUCGGCAUGCAAAGAAUCACAUAGAAGGAUGUGUGUUACAUGUGAAUGUACCCUCCCCCUUUACAUAACCCACAAAAUCAUCCUGGGCUGUGGUGGAUUCAAGGAAGCUAACUUGAUUGUGAAGAGGUAAGCCAUUCAGUGGGACAAGUCAGAGCUGAAAGGAAUGUGCUCCAUACUAAAGACUCCCCUGAAAUCGCUUUUGCAAGAGACAAGUAGGGUGAUUGGCAAGAGUGGUCACAUUUCCUGCUUGGCUUGCCUGGUGUAUCUUUGAUAGCUGCUUUGUGACAUGUACACAUACAGGUGAGUAGUUAGGUGAAAGAGCUGCUUGCAUCCAUUUCUGAAGUCUUCCACUUUUUGUCAUCCUUUUGAAGACUGGUUAAA